UUGAACUUAAUAAUAAUUUUAGCUUUAUGGGUUUUUGUUGUUGGAUGAGGAUGACUGUUUGUUAGAGGAGGAUGGAGACCAUGCAUAAUUUUUCCAUGCUUAUGAAUUUGUUGUUGGAUGAGGAUGACUGUUUGUUAGCUGCUUCUUUUUAAUUAGAAUUAGAAUUAGCAAGCAGCUUUGACUAUUAUUUUUCAUCAUCUAUCUAAUCUGCAAUAUUUUCUUCAAUUUGUAGGGGGAAAAAGAGAACAUGGCAGAAGAAGAAGAAGAAGAAGAAACAAAAGCUCUCAACUCUAUUCCAGAAAACAAGAAAAACAAGGAAAUAAAGUUCCGGGGCCGUCGCCUUUGUUCUGCUCACGGAGGUCUGCCACCUCUAUUGCCCCCAAAUUGCAUGCCCUUAAUAAUCAUUCAGAUUCCGGGGCAUGCAUCCUAGCACCAGACAGAUCUCACUCUUAUCCUCCUUCGGGUUCACAGGAAUAUUCACUGCUAUUUUUAUCAAGCCACUUGUGGGAGUAAUGAACUUUCUGCUGACUAUGGAACCAUAUGUUACCUAUGGUGAAUAUUCUGCACCCUAGAAUAUUUUCUUUCCCUCAAUCCUUUUGCUUUUGAUUAAGAAGAUAAAAGCAGGAAUCCUUAAAGCAUAUGACAUCUUACAAUUAGUUGAAGAACAAAAUCAAUUCAUGAAGAAGAUUGAAACAGAAACCCAAAAUGAAGUCUUGAAGAACAAAAUACCCUCUUUCACCAAUUUGAAAGGACUGUGGUGAAAGAAUUGUAUUUAGUGUAUUUGUGAAUCUUGGUGUGGAGCCCUUGUGAAACAAAAAAUCAAAGGAACAUUUCAGUCAAGAGAAACAAAAAAUGAUGUAUUGUGUUCUUGGACCGAACAUUGAAGAGAGGUAUAGUACCUAGAGGUAGAGGAUUGUGCCAAGAGAGAAUGUGAAUGAGAGAGAGAGUGCUAAAUUUCAUAUGUCAGUUUCUCAAAUGAGCCAAAAAGUCCCCUACACUUGAUAACUACCUCCUAUUUAUAGAGCUUGGGUACUACCUAUUGGGCCAAUUGGGCCUCCGAAGUCAAGGCCCAUCUGAAGGCCAGGGCCCCGCCUCAGGGCGGGAUACAUGCUGGGCGUUGCCCCUCUAGGGGCUCGCCCAGUCCACUAGUCCACAAGACACCGAGCUCGAGGUACGAGAGCUAAGGGUGUCUUUUAAAUGCUUUUACAUAUGUCUUACAGUACACCGGAAUCUGCACUGCCAACAUGGCUUGAGAAAAGAGAAGUAAACUAUAUCGCCAACAUGGCGUGAGCAAAAGGAAACUUGCAUUUUCAGUUACCCAGUCCACUGACUUGACGAGCAACCCGAGCUGGCAAGUCCACUAGUCCACAAGCGGCGAGAACGAUUACUUCGUAUUGGCGAUAAGUUGGAGCAGGUGUAUGAUCGUUCGACGGCGGGAAAGGUGGCGGGCAUGGGUCAUGUGCUGAUCAUUCAAUCAUUGACUGGCGGUAACCCCGGCGAGCGACUGAACUUUGUUGUUGGUGUCACCUGUCAGGCGAUGGUGUUUGAUCUUUAUAGUGGCGAGGCUUUUCGCGCUUUCCCUUAUUUUAAAACCCUUUCAAAUCCCUAUCUGCCCCCCCGUGACUGCCCCACGUGACGCGUCGGUUACAUCAAUUUCCCUCUUUCUCCGGAACCGUCACUUCACCUUUCAUAACCGUCCCAUCGUGCGCAGUAACCCCCCAUUGCACGCGACCCACCUCCCCAAAACCAUCAUGACUUCCAACCUUCCACACGCGUCCAACACGCGUCACCCUUCCAGCUUCCCCCCUUCUCCUAUAAAAACCCUUCUUCCCCACAGUCAUCCCUUUCCGAGACCCCUCUUUACCUCCCUAAUCGCUUACCAAACUCCCUCUGCCCACUUCCGCUCCGGAGCCGUCGCUUAUCACCCUUUCCGUUACCCACUCUUCACAUCCUACUCCGGUGAGUCCCACUGUCCUUAUCUUUGCAUCAUACACAUACUCAUCUUUUCCUUUCUUUCACUUUACUGUCUUCUAAAAAUGGCUUCAAGCCCUACCUCCCCUAACCACUCCUCUUCUUCCUCCGAAAGCGACCCUGAUGCCACCGCCGCCGGCGGCCUCCGUUUAGAGGUCCCGGAGAUCCCACCUUACCGACUAAAAACCUACGCCACUCUGCCCCUUCCAGUCCAAAUAGCCCCCACUCACGAGGCUAUAGACCAACCUUCUAUUUUCCAGAAUAGCGAUCUCAUCGUGCAGUUCGUGAACUCCCUGGGUGGUUUGUCUCAUGACGAUGAGUUUAACGCCAAACUCAGGAUCUGGAUUUGCAGUCCUGAGGACCGCCCCUGGCUUCAUAAGCCAGACGGCGACGUAAAGAGAUCCCAUUUUUUCUUUGCGUAUGAAUACAUGUUUAGCGAGCUUGGAAUCAGGCUUCCUUUCUCGCCCUUUGUCCAAACCGUCCUCCGCGACAUCAACGCGGCUCCCUGCCAACUCCACCCUAACGCCUGGGCCUUCAUUCGGUGUUUUGAAAUCUUAAGCGCCGCUGUCGGCAUCGCCCCAUCCCCCACCAGUUUCUUCUACCUCUACGACGUCGACCCCAAGUCCAUCAAAAACAAAGGAUGGAUUUCCUUGAAGGCCCGAGCCGGCCGGAAGUGCUUGCAUCCUCACAAAAGUAACGCGAAGUCCUCCUUCGCACGGAAGUACUUCCGUGUGGCGGUUCAUCCCGCAUCCAACCCUGGCGCUCAGCCCACCACUGCUGCUGCGCCUAAAGGCAAAAAUGUCACUGAAGCCUCCGUCGCCGCGGCUAUCGAGCCAACCACCGUACCAGCUUCUACUCCUGCCACCGUCGUGGGUUCGGUCCCCACAGACGGCGCCAAAUGUUCUUGGACCGAACAUUGAAGAGAGGUAUAGUACCUAGAGGUAGAGGAUUGUGCUAAGAGAGAAUGUGAAUGAGAGAGAGAGUGCUAAAUUUCAUAUGUCAGUUUCUCAAAUGAGCCAAAAAGUCCCCUACACUUGAUAACUACCUCCUAUUUAUAGAGCUUGGGUACUACCUAUUGGGCCAAUUGGGCCUCCGAGGUCAAGGCCCAUCUGAAGGCCAGGGCCCCGCCUCAGGGCGGGAUACAUGCUGGGCGUUGCCUCUCUAGGGGCUCGCCCAGUCCAUAUUGCCCCAUAUGUGCGCACCCCAGCAAAUUAUCUAUAUAUGUAAGAAAAAAACAAAAUAAUUCUCUCACCCAAAAUAAUUGUGGUUACUUCACCAAUAAACUUAUACUAACAAUCAAUUUAAAUUGAACUUAAGGAAAUAUAUAGAGUAAAGUAAGAUAAGUCACCUAAUUGGCAUACUAAAACAUGAGUAUAUGCAAAACUAAUGAGUUUGAGGAAAACAUGAACCAACCUUAAGAAUGAGCUAACCAUACUCAUGAAGAUUAAAUGUGAGCUCUUCAUAUGCUUUCAUCAAUUUGACUGACCUGUGCAUCAUUAAAAAAAAAUAGUAAGUUGUGCAUCAUUCACAUACAGUGCAAAUAGUAUGCUUAUACACACAGCUCAAACAUGAUGAACAAAAACGUGCAAAAUUUGAGAAAUGAAUAUAAAUUCAGGCUAUCCUAAGUUUUGAAAUUUCUAUAAAUUAUACCAAAAUCUGGUUUAGAAUGACUUCAAACGCAUGGAUUUCUACAAACUAUACUAAAAUCUGGUUUAAAAAAAUACAAAAGCGGAAGUAGAACAAUAGAAAAAACAUUACGUCUUCAACAAUGAUUCGUUAAAGGGUCUAUGCAAAAAUUUGUAAACUUUUGGAUCAAAACACACAAAAUAUGUGAAAUUUAAGAAUCUAGGAUUGAAUUACGAACAAAGGAUAAACUGAAAUAACACAAACCAUCAAUCACAACAUGAUAAACUCUUCUUCACGUAACAUCAUCUUACAGCAUACCUCUGUCGUGAUCGCGACAUGUGGCAGAGGUAGAAAUAGCAACUAUCAAAUCUCUGCGUGUCUAUGGUAGCUUUGUGGACCCUCAGCACCAAAUCAACUCCCUUUUCUUAGAAUUAGCAUUAAAUAAAUAAUAAGAUAAAUUAAGAUAAAAUCAAGAAAUAAACAACCUAAAUCCUAAUUAAAUCUAAACUUUAAAAAGGUACUAAAUAAAGAUAGAUAAAAACUACCAAAAUCUAGCAUAUCACAAUAAAAAACUCAUAAAAUCCUGAAUUAAAUAAAAAUAUGAAAAUUAAAUAAAAAUACCAUAAAAAUUCAUUUAUACUCUAAAUGUAACUCAAAAAUAAAAUAAAAUAUUUCAUGAAAUUAAAAUUAAAUAAAUAAUAAAUAAGGAUAGAUAAAAACUAUCAAAAUCUAGCAAAUCACAAUAAAAACUCAUAAAAUCC